UCUAUAUUUCUGUGUUUUCCCAAGUAGAAAAUCUAGAAUCCCCUCCUUUCCCUCCGUAGAUCUCCAAAUUCCUUACCACCAAACCCUAAAUUAUCUCUCUCCCAAGUCCCCCCCUCUCUAUUUCCACCCCUACAUUUCUCCGCCGGUCAAUUUCUCAUUAUUCAUGGACUUCCGGCCCAUCCAUGCCUCAGCUCCGCCGCAGAAAUCGGACCCCUAAGAACCCUAACCCGAUUGCCCGACAGGCCGCUCCGGAGAAGAAGAAGAAGAAGCAGACGAAUUGCGAUAAGAACAAUCGGAGCAGGAAGAAGCGGAUUGUGAAGAGGUCGAUUGAGUUGACGGAGGAGGACCGACCUAGGUGUUGCGCCGGCAUGGAUGAGUACGAUUGCGGCGGCCACAGCGGCGAUAAGGGCCCUGCUGCCGAUGAAGAAGUAUCGGCUCCUAUUCCUGAAAAGGUCCAGGUUGGUGGUUCCCCGCUGUACAAAGUAGAGAGGAAAUUGGGGAAAGGAGGCUUUGGACAAGUAUAUGUUGGCCGACGCACUGCACCCGGCCCUGGAGCUGUUGAGGUUGCGUUGAAGUUUGAGCAUAGAAGCAGUAAAGGAUGUAAUUACGGCCCACCAUAUGAAUGGCAAAUUUACAAUGCACUUGGUGGUAGUCAUGGAGUUCCCAGAGUUCAUUUUAAGGGCCGGCAAGCUGACUACUAUAUAAUGGUUAUGGAUAUUCUUGGGCCCAGUUUGUGGGAUGUUUGGAACAACAGCUCACAUACAAUGUCAAUUGAAAUGGUUGCAUGUAUUGCCAUUGAGGCAAUUUCCAUAUUGGAGAAGAUUCACUCUCGAGGAUAUGUGCACGGAGACGUGAAACCUGAGAAUUUUUUGCUUGGUCCGCCUGGAACUCCUGAGGAGAAGAAGCUAUUUCUGGUUGACCUCGGAUUAGCCACCAGGUGGCGAGAUAGUUCAACUGGCCAGCAUGUAGAUUAUGAUCAACGUCCAGAUGUCUUCAGGGGAACUGUGCGGUAUGCAAGUGUGCAUGCUCAUCUUGGUAGAACUGGUAGCAGGAGAGAUGACUUGGAAUCUUUAGCUUACACACUAAUAUUUCUACUCCGUGGGCGGUUACCUUGGCAAGGAUAUCAGGGAGAAAAUAAAGGAUUCCUUGUCUGCAAGAAAAAGAUGGCCACUUCUCCAGAAACCCUAUGUUGCUUUUGCCCUCAACCAUUCAGACUGUUUGUGGAGUACGUAGUAAAUUUGAAGUUUGAUGAAGAACCAAACUAUGCUAAAUAUAUAUCUCUUUUUGAUGGAGUUGUUGGUCCAAAUCCAGAUAUUCGACCAAUAAAUACUGAUGGUGCUCAGAAGCUUAUAUGUCAGGUUGGACAAAAGAGAGGGCGAUUGACCAUGGAGGAAGAGGAUGAUGAGCAGCCAAAGAAGAAGAUCCGCAUGGGGAUGCCAGCAACACAAUGGAUUAGUGUUUACAAUGCUCGUAGGCCUAUGAAGCAAAGAUAUCACUACAAUGUGGCAGAUGUGAGGCUUCCGCAACACAUUGAGAAGGGAAAUGAAGAUGGGUUGUUUAUCAGCAGUGUGUCUUCCUGUUCAAAUCUUUGGGCCCUUAUAAUGGAUGCAGGAACUGGAUUCAGUUCCCAAGUUUAUGAACUCUCUCCAUAUUUUCUUCAUAAGGAAUGGAUUAUGGAACAAUGGGACAAAAAUUACUAUAUCAGUGCAAUAGCGGGAGCCAACAAUGGAAGCUCUUUGGUUGUAAUGUCUAAAGGGACCCAAUUCUUACAGCAGUCUUAUAAAGUCAGUGAGUCAUUUCCUUUCAAGUGGAUUAAUAAAAAAUGGAGGGAAGGUUUUUUUGUUACUGCAAUGGCCACUGCAGGGAGUAGAUGGGCUAUUGUUAUGUCUCGAGGUGCAGGAUUUUCAGACCAGGUUGUAGAGCUAGAUUUCCUGUAUCCCAGUGAAGGCAUUCAUCGAAGGUGGGAUGGUGGUUACCGCAUCACGUCAACUGCAGCAACUUGGGAUCAGGCAGCUCUUGUUCUUAGUGUUCCAAGGAGAAAGCCUGCUGAUGAAACACAAGAGACCCUUCGAACCUCUGCUUUUCCAAGUACACAUGUGAAGGAGAAAUGGGCAAAAAACCUUUACAUAGCGUCGAUUUGUUAUGGUCGAACUGUGUCAUGAACAACCAAGGGUUAUUGGGAUGCUACUGAUCUAAUUUUGACACAUUAUGAACAACCAGCUUUACACUUGGUGCCUCUUUGGAAUCAAAGAUCUUGCGGCAAAUUGAUUGGCCUUUGGAUUUGAUGUAUGCCAUACUCUACUUUAUUGCCACCAUAACAUAGCAUCUUAGAAGCACUUGUGCACUGUCUUUCAAUCUCUUCAGCUUAAUUAUUCUCACCUACUGUUAAAAAGUUUGUAUAUUUCUGAGCAAUAAAACCUUGGUUGAAGGGAUGUGCACAAGUCAUGGUUUGAGUUCAAAUUUUGGAACAUCACCUUUCAUUUUCUGUGAUUCGAGACCAGUCUGUACUGAGCUUUGUUCCGUUUUUCUUUUCUUUUCUGAGGGAGGGGAAAAGUGCUCCUUAUAUGAAAUUUAAGAUGGGAUGUCCCAGUUUAAUUGAAAAGCAGAAAGUAUAUGUAUACUUUACAUCAUUAGUAUGUAAUGGUUUCAAAUUAUUUUUUGGCUGACCACUUUUAAAAUGUUUGUGUGCUAUUGAAUCAAUAUCCACCAUACAUUGCUGACCAGGUCUUAUAUUUACAUAACACGUAUAAGUUGGCAAUUGUAAUAUGCUAUAUUUUGAUAAUUUGGUCAAGUUGUUCGAAGCAGAAACACAGUAAGAAAGUUUAUAUGUAUUAAGCAAGACUUAUGAUGCCAAGGACUGCCUAUUUCCUGCUGCUAUGUGUGUACAUCAAUUGGCUGUUGGUGUUCCUGGACAACACUGCACUCGGUUCUAUUUUUUAUGUCAGAACUGUUGCAGGUCCUGAAGUGUUGACAUGCUGAAUUUUCUAGACUGAACAAUGAAUUGAUGUUUUGAAGUUCAAUGUGGCUGCACUUGGUCAUGGCUCUAAACAAGACGAGAACCCAUGACUAUAAUGAGGCAUCUUAGUUUAAAUGGGCGAUAACAGUUGAACAUUAUUGAAUUUAACUAGUGGACAUGUUUAAAUAUGGAGAUUGAAAUAUCAGAAAACCACAAAUUAGAUUCUUCGAGUCA